UUGUAUAUAUCGGAAAAAGAAAUGGGGUUUUCCAUGCUGGUGUUCUGAAAAUUCACUGGUCUGGUUUUAAUAGGGUUUUCCCGUCAACCAUAUAUUGAGAUACAUAAUAUUAUAGCGUCGAAAAAUGAAAGAUUUACAAUAUCAGAAUGGGUGCUUCAGACAGCUCUUUUCGUGACAUCGAAAAUGAGUCGAUGCUUAUCAACGAUCUAGUUCUCUCGGCAAAAGAAGGAAACUUCCAAAAAGUCUGGGAUAUUAUCGGCGAACCGGACAGCCCAAAGAAAGCUUAUUUGUUGAAUUGUAUUCCCGAUAAUCGUCGAUGGGGAGUAUUACAUCAAGCAGUGUUUUGGAAUGAUGUUAAUAUUUUGAAGAAAAUACUUAAAUAUGAAGCUUGUGAUGCCGAUAUGCGCGCAAAGAGAUGUACAUCAGAAUGCGGUGACACGAGUGGAAUGUGUGCUCUAGAAAUUGCAAGAGCAUACAAAUACCCGGACAUGGACAGAAUACUAUCGGCACACAGAAAUAACAUACUUGGACAAAAAUUGCCAACAUUUCAAACCGAGCCACAUUUAGGACUUCUUAGUUGCACAAUCGCUGCGUAUAAAUCUACAUUUCAUCCGGGAUAUAUCAGCCCAUACAAAUCAAACAUUGAAAUUUUGAAUGAUAUCUGGAAGGACAUAGAGAGCAAUACUGCAAGAUUUGAAGCUGUCAAGAAACAAGUUUGUGAUGCUAUGCACAUCGUGUCAACCACAAAUGCUGAAAUGAUAAAGGGUACUACGACCAAGGAGAAUUUCUACAAGAUGAUAGUAAAGGCAUACACGAUCGAGACGAACUAUCUUUACAAUUACAUCAGUAUGGCUAUGCGAAGACAGACAAGUACCAAUUACAAGCCAACAGGAGAUGACCUGGCCCUUGGACCAUAUGCUGUCAUGUACCAAAUGCUGUUGCUCUUUUGGGACAAAAUAACGCCUGAAAGCGGAACAACGUACCGCCAGAUGAAAAUGAUAAAGGAGGAUGUAGAAAUGUAUACUGAAGGUACGGUUUUCUAUUGGCAAUCUGUCGUUUCAUCAACAAAAGAUGAGGUUAAUGCCCAAAGUUUUCCUACAGUUGAAAAUGUUGCAGGUGAUAAUAUUGUUUUGUUUAUAAUUGACAACAGUGUAAAAUGUGUAUGGCAACCAAAAAAUAUAGAAAAAUAUGCCUCGCAUAACGAGAAUGAAAGAACAUAUCCAGCAGGCGCCAAAUUUAAGGUCGUGAAAGCAGGCAACUUUUGUGAAGAGAACUAUCAAAUAAAGCUAAAGCUGCUGCCACAAUAGACUAGGUUAACUUUCUCCGUCAAUCAUAUUAUUCUAACUAAUUAUUGACUGACCAAUCCAAAAUGCAAAAAAAGGAAUGUUCAUCAUGUAUGCAUAUUAAUGUAUGUAUCAUAAUCUCAUGUGAAUAUAUCUUCAUCAGAUAAAAUAAAGCAUUUACAGAAUCAAUGUACAAACAGAAAAUGGACAUGCUUAAGUUCGUCUUCAACUGUCUUAAAUACUUUUAUAAUUUAAACGGCAUUGCUAUAGCAAAUAACUUUUAAUUUGUUUUAAUGUAAAAUGCUUGUAACAUAGUCUUCCAUUAUUCGAUUCAAAUUUUGACGUAAAUUACAUGUCUAUAUAUGUCUUUAUGAACUGUCCAAUAUUUAUUUCUCUCAUUUCGUUUAAGUUUAAAACUGUAAAUAAAUGAUUGGUGUUGUAAAUUUGAGGCAUUUGAGAACCAGUCGUACAUGCACCUUUUCUUA